AUGCUGCCACUUCACAGAGACGACCAAGAGGUGAAUGACCACCCACCCGGUGGGACACCCCACUAUCUGGCUUCUCCAUACCAGGUCAAAACCAUGUGCCUCUCCCCCACCUGCAUCAACUUCCUAGAAAGCCAGAAGGCAAGCUUCCUGCAGGGAGGCUACUCCAACAACCCCAUCCCAUCAAUUGGACCCUAUUAUUUAUUACAACUGGAUGAUGGAGCUGACCCAAACCUCUGUAGUGAAUAUGUGAAAGACAUAUAUGCUUAUCUCAGACAACUGGAGGAAGAACAGUCAGUUAGACCAAAAUACCUACUGGGCCAUGAAGUCACUGGAAACAUGAGAGCGAUCCUAAUUGACUGGCUGAUCCAGGUUCAGAUGCAAUUUAGGCUGCUACAGGAGACCAUGUACAUGACUAUUUCCAUUAUUGACCGGUUCAUGCAGGAUAAUUGUGUGCCCAAGAAGAUGCUGCAGCUGAUUGGUGUGACUGCUAUGUUUAUUGCAAGUAAAUAUGAAGUAAUGUACCCUUCAGAAAUAGGUGACUUUGCUUUUGUGACUAACAAUACCUACACCAAGAACCAAAUCAGACAGAUGGAAAUGAAGAUUCUGAGAGUUCUAAACUUCAGUUUGGGUCACCCUCUGCCUCUCCACUUCCUCCAUAGAGCAUCUAAAAUUGGAGAGGUUGAUGUUGAACAGCAUACUUUGGCCAAAUACCUCAUGGGGCUCACGAUGAUGGACUACAACAUGGUGCACUUCCCUCCUUCUCAAAUUGCAGCUGGAGCUUUUUGCUUAGCACUGAAGAUCCUUGACAAUGGUGAAUGGACACCGACUCUGCAGCACUACCUGUCCUACACUGAAGAAUCCCUUUUGCCUGUUAUGCAGCACCUGGCUAAGAACAUAGUCACAGCAAACAGCGGCCUUACAAAGCACAUGACUGUCAAGAAUAAGUAUGCAACAGCCAAGCAUGCCAAGAUCAGCACUCUGGCACAGCUGAAUUGUACACUGGUUCAAAAUUUGUCCAAUGCUGUGAUAAAUGCAUAA